AUUGGUCAAAGUCAUACACUUUGACCUAACGCGUAAGACGGAAGUGGAGCCCAUCCGCAGUUUCCACAAUGAUGAGACUGGAUGACAACGAUGAUGACGUCUCCCUGUUUGAUGCAGAGGAGGAUACAGGCAGAGGAGGAAAGUCAAAGAAGACUAAAAUCAAACAUCCAGUGGCCUCCUUCUUCCACCUAUUCUUCAGAGUGAGUGCCAUCCUGGUGUACCUGCUCUGUGAGCUCCUCAGCAGUAGCUUCAUCGCCUGCAUGGUCACCAUCAUCCUCUUCCUGUCAGCUGACUUCUGGACCGUUAAGAACAUCACAGGGCGGUUGAUGGUGGGCCUGAGGUGGUGGAACCAGGUUGAUAAAGAUGGAAAAAGCCACUGGGUGUUUGAGUCCAGAAAGGAGAAUUCGAAGCAGCUGGUGUCAGACUCCGAGACGAGGGUCUUCUGGCUGGGCCUGGUCGUGUGUCCUGUCAUCUGGGUCUUCUUUGUCUUCAGCACCCUCUUCUCCUUCAAGAUUAAGUGGCUGGCUGUGGUGAUCAUGGGCGUGGUGUUACAGGGGGCUAACCUGUAUGGGUAUGUUCGCUGUAAAGUGGGCAGCAGGACGAACUUCAAGGACUUGGCUACUAACUAUUUCGGACGGCAGAUUCUCAAACAGGCAAUGACUAAACAAGAGGAGUCAUAAAGAAGGACGACUACUCUUAAGAUUUUAACUUAUGUUUGCAUUAUUGUGAAUGCCACUGUAUAUCUGGAGUUUUACUAGUAACUAAUACUUAAUAGAAACCUUUCGGGACAUUGCUUACCUUUUUGAAGAGUUUUCCCAUUUUGAUACCAUUUCAAGAGAGAAAUAGCAUAAUUUGUAGAUAAGGCUGUUUUUCCACUGUAGCUAUACUGACUCAAAGCAAAUCCCUUAUCUGUUUUGUUGUUUUGCAUAUUUGUUGCUUUGCCUAGACUUUAUACAAUACAAUUUAAAUGUUGUUUCUGACUUGUAUUAUACAAACAUGUUGCCUGUAUAAUAUUCAUGGUUGUAAAUAUAGAACAUCAAGGUCAUGUGUUCACGUGAGACGUCUUUUUGUGCAAAUACAUUUAUAACAUUUCCAAAAUGA